AUGGUGGCUAUGAAGACCUGUUCUCUGCUGCUGGUGCUCCUCUUCCUGGCGGUGGGGCUGGGAGAAAAAGAAGAGGUUCAAUUCAGAUCCCAUGGUAAAUUUGGUAGCCCAGGGCCUCGGGACCGGAGGUAUGCAGAGGGGACUUUCAUCAGCGAUUACAGAAUUGCCCUGGACAAGAUCCGCCAACAAGACUUUGUGAACUGGCUGCUGGCCCAGAAGGGGAAGAAGAAUGACUGGAAACACAACAUCACCCAGAGAGACGCCCAAGGCUUGAAGCUGGCAGGACAAUCUCAAAGAAAUGAGGAGACAGAGGGACAGCAGAGCUCCUUGCCCAAGAACUCCAGUGACGAAGAAGAUGUCCUAAAGGACUUGAUGUUUCAAGAGCUGCUGGCCUGGAUGGCGGACCAAACAGAGCUCUGCGGGCUCAGGUCUCAGUGA